UAACAAGCUUUUUUAUUUAUUUUUAUUUUUUAUUUUUCUCUUCACCCUUUCUCACUCGUUAUUCUUCGUCCAAUUCUCCAAGAUAAAACCCUCAAUCGUUUUUACCCAUCUCAGUCUUAAUCGAUCUUCAUCCAAUUCUCCACACUACUUCAUUCCGGCGACUCCUUCACUUGGAGGUAUUGGCGACUGUGAAGUUUCGUGGGUUUAUAAGAUUCUUGCUAUUUAUGUUAAGUUUGGUCAGAUGAACUGGAUCAAGGGGUUGCGUUAUUUAACAAAACAAUCCAAAUGUAUCACUUCACAUUAUUCGAUGGUGAAAAAGAAUCAGAAUGGUUUUGUGUAUGAUCAAAGCAAGCUGUCCUCUUUGCGAUCACCAAUUGGCUACAAUUUGGAAAGAAACAUGUCAUGGAAAGGAAAGUUUCCUUGUUUUCUAGAAAAUGUCUUGGGGCCUAGAAGAUAUGCAAUGUCCAUAUGUCGUCCAUAUGUGCAGAGCGUGCAAAACAACCCAGAUUUGAGCAGAGAUUUUCUCGUACAACUCUGGGUUGAGGAUAGAAAGAAGAGAAAAUUCACUGGUAAAAAAAGACGUAAAGUUCUUAAAUCUGCAGAUCACGAUGAAGGAUUAUCUGGAGGUCAAACUGCCUUCCGACUUCCAUUUGACAGGUUGUUUUCGGAUGCAUCUAUCUCAGAUGAGAAGUCUUAUGACCAGGCAAAGCCAGAUUUGAAGCAGCCGCCUCCCAGCCAGUUUGUCACGGGCAUACUGGAACCCAUGUCUUCAGAAGAGUCUAAGGUUGCACCUCUUCUUGCAAGAGCCAAUUUGCUGAUUACUAGGGAUAUAGAAUGGGCCAAUCUUGUUCUUGGUUUUGAACAGGAAAACAGAUAUGCUGUUGUAGAUGUCUGCUACCCACAAUCACCUGUAGGUUUCAUUCGUGAGCAGAGCAAUGUUCUUGCGAGACAGUUACUUCGACUUCGUCGUCCUUUUGUGGCCUACAUAACAGAUGGUUUGGGUAAAGAGCUAUUUAGGGUUCGGAGGCCCUUUUGGUGGAUCACUAGCUCAAUUUAUGCAGAGAUAGACGGAAAAGAUAUUGGUGUCGUUCAUCGAAGAUGGCAUCUCUGGAGGAGAAAUUAUGAUUUGUACUUGGGGAAUAAGCAAUUUGCAGUGGUAGAGAAUCCUGGCUUCUGGAAUUGGACAUUUACUUUGAAGGACAUUGAAGGGAACGUGUUGGCUGAAAUAGAUCGUGAUUGGAGGGGUUUCGGAUUUGAGAUUUUCACUGAUGCUGGACAAUAUGUGAUUCGAUUUGGGAGUGCCAAUUCUGGCCUUGAUCCUGUUAGGGGGAUUGAAGAAUUGAAUGUUUCUCGUCCAUUGACACUGUCAGAGAGAGCAGUUGCUGUUGCACUUGCUGUUUCACUGGAUAACGACUAUUUCUCCAGACAUGGAGGCUGGGGAUUUCCUUUUAUGGUUGUUGACGAUUAAGAUUACAGUUAACAGGCAAAGUGUACCGUCCACUGAAUAUACAAAGGAGAAGACAAUCAUUUCUCUUUUCUUAUUUAUUUAUUAAUAUUAUCUUUCGGCAUUGUACAUCAAGAAAGUAAAAAACAAUAAAGUCUGGUGUCGACCGGCUACUGUAAUUGAACCUGUAUUUUGUAACUCGUUUUUUCCUCACCAAUAAUCAUUGAUGAUGAGAAUUCUGGCAAGAUUUUGGAAGAAGAGUUUGCAUCAGCUAUAUCUAUACUUAUGCAGUUUUGUGUUGGGUUUUCUC